CAAAGUGCGGCGCGAGGAGCCGGGGCUGCCUCUUGGCGGACGGGAGUCUGUGUGGUUAGAGGCGUAGGGCCGGACGGGUGUCCGCCCCCGCGGAUGGCGAGGGAUCUGAUCGGGCCGGCGCUGCCGCCCGGCUUCAAGGCUCGGGGGACAGCGGAGGAGGAGGAGGAGGAGCGAGCCCGCAGCCCCGUUGCAGGACCAGCUCUGCCCCCUAAUUAUAAAAGCAGUAGCUCGGAGUCCUCAGACAGCGAUGAAGACAGUAGUUCAUUGUACGAAGAAGAAAAUCAGGAAUCUGAAGAAGAUGACACUGGUCCAACGGCAAGAAAACAGAGGAGAAAUCAAGAUGAUGAUGAUGAUGAUGAUGAUGAAGGAUUUUUUGGACCAGCUCUUCCUCCUGGAUUUAAAAAGCAGGAUGAUUCUCCUCCAAGGCCGUUAAUAGGUCCUGCAUUACCACCCGGUUUUAUUAAAUCUACACAGAAAAGUGACAAAGGCAGAGAUGAUCCAGGACAACAAGUAUCAUCAUAUUUCAACUCUGAGGAAACAGAUAGUAGUGAAGAUGAGGACAUUGUUGGACCAAUGCCUGCAAAAGGACCAGUUAACUAUAGCGUCACAACAGAGUUUGAAAAAAGAGCCCAACGAAUGAAAGAAAAAUUGACCAAAGGAGACAAUGAUUCAUCUAAACCAAUUACAAGAGAGUCAUGGAUGACUGAACUUCCUCCAGAAAUGAAAGACUUUGGUCUUGGGCCCAGAACUUUUAAGAGAAGAGCCGAUGACAAAUCUGGAGAUCGAUCAGUCUGGACAGACACUCCAGCGGACAGGGAGAAGAAAGCCAAGGAAACACAAGAAGCAAGGAAGUCAUUUAAUAAGAAGGAUGAAGAACAUGUACUGUCAGGAAGGGAAAAGAGGUUGGCUGAGCAGGUGUCCUCAUACAAUGAAUCAAAAAGAUCAGAAUCUCUUAUGGACAUUCAUCAUAAGAAAUUAAAAAAUAAGGCUGCCGAAGAGAAAAAUAAGCCCCAAGAAAGAAUACCAUUUGACCGUGAUAAAGAUCUCAAAGUUAAUCGGUUUGAUGAAGCUCAGAAAAAAGCUCUGAUAAAGAAAUCUAGAGAACUAAACACCAGAUUUUCACAUGGCAAAGGCAGUAUGUUUUUAUAAGGGGAUUUCCCUGUGCAAUGAAGAAAAGUUGAAGAACACUCUUUUGUCAGUCUGUCCACCUUUUUCCUUUGUUUUGAGUUUCUUAAAAUUAGAGAUUACUUUAGUCUUAAAAACCAUACAAACUUACCUUGUGCUGUAUGUCCUUUAAGUCACGUGGAAACCUAAAGUCAGUAUUUCUUAUGUGGAAUAGAAUUUUAUGUGUCUUUGGCUUCUGAGGAAGUGUGGGCUUUUCUUCAAAUAAUUAUUUUGAGGACAGCCCGGGUGCCUCAGCCGUUUAGUGCCACCUUCAGCCCAGGGCAUGAUCCUGGAGACCCAGGAUCGAGUCCCACGUCAGGCUCCCUGCAUGGAGCCUGCUUCUCCCUCUGCCUGUGUCUCUGCUUCUCUCUCUCUCUGUCUCUCUCAUGAAUGGAUAAAUAAAAUCUUUUUUAAAAAAAAUAAUUAUUUUGAGGAUCUCCCACCUAUUCCCUAAUUUUUGUGGUGUCUCCCAAGUAUUGUGUAAGGUCUGUUCAGGACUAUUUGCUAAAUCUCCACCAGUGUAGACCUCCUCAUCAGCUGUUCCUAACCCGCCCUGGAGUAAGUGUGUUGAGUCCUUGCAGUAAAUCCAUGCAUCUGAAAUUGUUCGGGUUUUCCCUCUAAACUGCAGCCAGUGAAUACACAUUUACAAAUAGAGGGCUUGGAGAUUUUGUCUGUUUUGUUGACGUUUUGCUUGUUUGGGCAACCAGGGCUUUUCGUUUCUUGUUUGGGUUUUUUGUGUUGGUUGGUUGGUUGGUUUUUAAGUAAGAAAGAAGGGCCUCUAUGUUAUCUCAUGUACUAAGAAAAACUAAUUUGAUCUUUCCAACUUUAAUAAGUACUUCUAGGAGAGGCAAUCUAAGGGACAAAAUAUGCCAUUAACCAUUAGCGGUGUGAAGUCAAAGACUUGGUCUCUCUGGGCUCAGCUAAAGCUUUCUAAGUCUUUAAACUUUGCUUUGAGAUUAUCUUAUUUUACCCAUUUAUAUUUAACAGAUUUUAGCUAAUUUAUUGGGGACUGAUCUUUUAUAUCAAUCAUGAGUAGUCUUUUUUAAAACUCAAGUUCAUAAUCUUGAAAUACAAAAAUAUGAAUGGAAACUCUAAUCAUAACCACUCUAAUGAGAGUACAUAACUUGGUAAUGCUUUGAGGCACUGUCUCUUAAGAUGUUAAAUAGAACAUUCUAAAUAGUUAAAGCCUAAAUUAAAAUUCUCUUAGUUAUGUUUUCUUACAGAGUCUUACUAAUUGUUCACUAGUUCUGUGUUCUAGUUUUGAUAAAGCAUGAGGGGUUUUGUUUUUUUGUUUUGUGUGGGGGGAAAAAACACAAAAUGAGAGACUAGGUAGGAGGUGGGAGGUUUUAAUGGAAAAACAUUUCUGAUUCUUAGUUCGUUUAGGCUUUGUGAAAAUUGAGUACAGUAAACUGUUGGGAUUAUGGCACAAGUUAUUCUUCGUUGCUCUUUUAUGAUAUCAGCGUAAACAGUAGCCUACUCAAGGAGCGUAGCUUUUAAAGAGAUGAAUUCUCCUAAGCAAACUGAAACAGCUUCUUGUCUAAGCAAAAUUGAACAGAGCUACCAUUUGACUAAAGAUGUCAUUUUUAGUAAUAUUUUCUGAAUGCAGAACAUUGUGCAAAAGCAUCCAUUGCUCUCAUUUAAUUUCGUUAUAAUUUUUCCUGGACGAAAGGAAGACAUGUUUUCUAGUUCCUCACCCUUCUAUAAAUUUCUAACAUACAGUUUUGGGAAACUUUGUAUUUUUUAAAGUAAAAAUAUCACCUUUGGUUACUUCUUUUUCUUUGUUUUAUUCAUCUUAAGGGGAUAGGAUAUUUCUGCAUCAUGUAGUUACUUGUUUUUCCCGUCCCCUUGAAGCGUCUUUGUCCUCUGCCAAAGAGAGAAAAACCUCUUCUCUCUGCCUGAUGCUUUCCAUGAGUUACCAUCUUACUGCUCCCUUGGGUGUAAUACUCUUUCAUGCCAUCCCAGUUUUAAUCAAACGUGAGGCCAGACCAGAGGUUUUUUAUGCCCUUCGGAGAGACUAAGCCCAGUAGAAUAGCAUUGAUAAUAAAAGAACAGAGUUGCUAUUUACACAGAAUGGAAAGGUGCUCAGGGCAGCCCCUCCCCUCUUCCAAAGUGGUAAAAAGCCUAAUUAAUUCAAGUCUCCAUUCAUCUGGCAGAAAAUUAGCAUCAUUGACAUCUUCUAAUAAGACCUUUUUAAUUUAUUGUACUUCUUGGCUAAGUCUUAUAGAACUGUGGCCUCCUUUGAAACUUAAAAAUGAAGGGAAAAAUUAAAAAGCAACACUAAGUUCAAAAGAUGAAGCAGGGGCGGCCCCGGUGGCUGAGCAGUUUAGCGCCUGCCCUUGGCCCAGGGCAUGAUCCUGGAGACCCGGGAUCGAGUCCCACGUCAGGCUCCCUGCAUAGAAUUUUAUGUGUCUUUGGCUUCUGAGGAAGUGUGGGCUUUUCUUCAAAUAAUUAUUUUGAGGACAGCCCGGGUGCCUCAGCCGUUUAGUGCCACCUUCAGCCCAGGGCAUGAUCCUGGAGACCCAGGAUCGAGUCCCACGUCAGGCUCCCUGCAUGGAGCCUGCUUCUCCCUCUGCCUGUGUCUCUGCCUCUCUCUCUUCUCUGUGUGUCUCUCAUGAAUAAAUAAAUAAAAUCUUUAAAAAAAAAAAAAAGAUGAAGCAGAUACUGUAACUUUCUUUUCUAUUGAAGGUGACAUCUAAGUUCAUUGUACCUGAAAUUACACGAUUUUUGUCCAUCUCUGUAAGUUGUCAUCUCAGAUAGACUGAGUUACUUCCAUGAAUAACCACUACUGAUAAAUAAAUGGUGGCAUUAGCAAGGGAGGGGAUUGGGAACGGGAACAGAAGAUGAGAGAUGGUGGGUACACCAUUCAUUAUCACAUAAAUUAGAACCUUUUUAUAUUAGCAAAAUAUUGUAAAUUAAACCAUUGCUCUUUAAAAAAAAACAAAACAACAACAAAAAAAAUCAUGGUCUUACUAAGAGGUUUUCAGUCAUGUUUGGAUAUAGCAGCCAUUUCACAUUUAAUUUAUCUCUUGAACUUUUAAUAGUUCUUUUAAUUAAUGAGUUUUUUUAGAAGCGAGGUUGAGAUUGACAUGGUACCAAAAUUUCCUUGCUCCAGAAUAGAUUAAUAGUUAUUCUAUAAAUUAUUUGGUCCCCAAACAUCACGGCACUUUUUAUUUCUUAUAUGGGGUAGAUCAUGUUAAUAUUAUUACUCAGAAACAUAUAAUCAUGGGAGAUAGGUUUUUUUAAACUAUAAGAGUCCUUGGUCUUGUGUCUUUUAUAAUCAUUUCAUGGUGAUGAUAAACAUUGUUAGAAAAAAACAACUCUCUGUUGAGUAUUGUACCUACGGGGAAGAAUUAACAUGGAGGAAAGUGAUUAGAGAUAGUGCCUGUGUAACAUCCGUGCCAAGUCUUCUAUUUCAUGAUAUUAAUUUAUUUUACUUUGGUUUUUUGACACCAUCAUGAGAUCUAAGUCUGCAGUUACAGAGGUCAUGCAUUUCCUGUUAUAAGAGAGGUAUAUUUUUUUGCAGCUUCAAGAAUUGUUUAACUGUGACUGUGGUUUGUAAAAUACUAUAAAGAGCUAUACACUGCCCCUUUGAAUCUUUUCAUUUUGAACUUUACAAUAAGAGACUGUUUUUAGAAAAGAAUUCCUGAUGUAUAAUUUUUUAUGUAUAAAUAAAGUUUCA